CCUUUCUGUGCUUGCCUGCUGUCCACUUCCUGAAGCUGAGUAGUGGAGUGGCAUCGAUAGACUGGGAAGAUUCAUCAACACCAAUUAACUCCACUGUACAAUGAAAUUAACAUCAAUCAUACCCGCUCUUGAUCUCCACUACUUCACGAUAUUACUGGUAGCAGGCCUCUAUAGUCCUGCGUGGGGAGAGAUAACCAGUCUUGAUGUCGGAAGCAUAGAUGACACACUCAAUAAUGCUGGAGUGGCACUUGUCAACUUUUAUGCAGACUGGUGUCGCUUCAGUCAGAUGCUACACCCCAUCUUCGAGGAGGCAUCAAACGUGGUUAGAGAGGAUUACCCAGACAACAAAGAUGUGGUGUUUGCUCGGGUAGACUGUGACCAGCACUCGGAAAUUGCCCAGCGUUAUCGCAUCAGCAAGUACCCAACACUGAAGCUCUUUCGGAAUGGAAUGAUGAUGAAGCGCGAGUACCGGGGGCAGAGGUCAGUGGCGGCCAUCGCCGAUUUCAUCCGCCAGCAGAAGGUCCAGCCCAUCGUGGAGAUGAAGAGUCUAGAGGAGCUCACCACCAUAGACAGGAAUAAGCGCACCAUCGUGGGAUACUUCGAGCAGAAGGAGUCAGAAAACUACCAGACCUUUGAGAAAGUGGCCAACAUCCUGAGAGAUGACUGUGUGUUCAUGGCAUCUUUUGGGGAUGUUUCUAUGCCGGAACGCUUCGCCGGCGAUAACAUGAUCUACAAACCUAUGGGGGAGAAUGUUCCAGAUAUGGUGUACCUGGGCUCGCUCAUCAACUUCGACCUUACUUUCGCCUGGACCCAAGACAAGUGUGUUCCACUGGUCCGAGAGAUUACCUUUGAGAAUGGAGAGGAGCUGACGGAGGAGGGCAUUCCGUUUUUGAUCCUCUUCCAUCAGAAGGAUGACCCAGAGAGCCUGGAGAAGUUUCAGCACGAGGUUGCCCGGCAACUCAUCAGUGAGAAGGGUUCUAUUAACUUCCUGCAUGCAGACUGUGAGAAGUUUCGCCACCCUCUCCUCCAUAUCCAAAAGACGCCGGCAGACUGCCCAGUCAUCGCCAUUGACAGCUUUAGACACAUGUAUGUCUUGCCAGAGUACAGCGACCUUGCGGUUCCAGGCAAGCUGAAACAGUUUGUGUUGGACCUCCACUCAGGAAAAUUACAUAGAGAGUUCCACCAUGGGCCUGAUCCUACAGACAGCACACCAGGACAGGAGGACAAUAGGGAGGUGGCAAGCAAUCCUCCAGAGAGCUCCUUCCAGAAGUUAGCUCCCAGUGAAACGCGUUACACUCUCCUGAGGGACCGCGACGAGCUGUGACCCAAACACAUUAGCAAAACCUACAAUAUAUACACACACACACACACCCAUAUAUACAUACAUAAGCAAACACAAGCAAACACACACACACUCAGUACACAUCAACCCACCACCCAGAACCUAGAGCCGGCAGCCCCGCCCCUGUGGCUUGGCCCCGCCUCUCCAGGCGGACCCUCCAUCACUCUGUUUUACUGUGGACGUAAAGGAGAACGACAAGAAGGAAGUUUGGAAUUUAAGGAGAAACGGAAGGAGAGAGUGAAGAAAACAGGAGAAGAAAACAAAAAGAGCCUUUUUUUUAUUUUUAAAGCGUGUAAAUAUGUGCUCUGUUGGUCAGUCGUGUCUAAAUUAAAUACAUUUUUUUUGUUUUUUGUUCUGUUUUGCUUCCCCUCCCCAUUUCUGUCAGCCGAAGUUUUUUCUUGUUGUUUUUUUGUAAGAAAAGAAGAAGAAGAAAAACAACCAGAGCAAGAAAGACGUGAUGCUCCUACUGAGGUACAGACAUGGGUUUGGACCUCUCAUUGGUCUUAGGAAUUAUGGGAAAUUUCACUUUCAAUGACGUGACGUGCAGGCCGUUCACUGUGUAUACGCAUGAGUGUGUGUGUGUGUGUGUGCGUGUGUGCGCGUGUUAGAAAGAGAGAGAAGAUACAGAACAAGAGAUGCAGGCCAUUCACUGUCUUCCUGUGGUCAUUCAGUACUCACUCCAGUGUCUGAGUAUAGGAACGUGCGUGUGUGCGUGUGCGUGUGCGUGUG